AUGGGUCGCGUCAUUCGCGCCAAAUGUAAAGGUGCCGGGUCCGUCUUCAAGUCCUACACCCACCACCGGAAAGGACCCGCCUUAUUCCGGUCCCUCGACUUCGGCGAGCGCAACGGGUACCUCAGAGGCGUGGUCACCGAGAUCGUCCAGGACCCGGGUCGGGGGGCUCCGUUAACUCGAGUCACUUUCCGACACCCAAUUCGCUUCAAGCACCAGAAAGAGCUCUUCGUCGCCGCUGAGGGCAUUUACAUCGGUCAGCUCGUAGAGCUUGGAGACUUCAUGGUGAAUCAAGCUUCCUUCUGGGUCCAAGAAGAUUGUGCCAAGUGGUUGCCGAGCCAUGAUUGGUCAAGUUUCUGUGGGGGUCGGACAGAGAAGCCACUCUUGAAGGCUGGAAAUGCAUAUCACAAGUACAGGUUGAAGAGGAAUUGCUGGCCCAAGGUUCGUGGUGUUGCCAUGAAUCCUGUGGAGCAUCCUCACGGUGAUGGUAACCAUCAGCAGAUUAGACAUGCCAGUACUGUUCACCGAGAUGCUUCUCCUGGGCAAAAGGUUGGUCUCAUUGCCGCCUGGAGGACCGGGUGUCUUCGAGGACAAGCUGCUGCCACAGCUGCAAAAGCCGACAAGAGUGCUUAGGAGUAUUAUUAUCAGGAUUCAUUCAUCAUUUUUCCAUGAGAUUUUCGACAUCUUGUGCUUUUUAUUUUACUGAGCAAUUGUUGAUGUUACUGGAAUAUAUUGAACUUUCGGUUUUCAAUUUGUAAGGGUCUCUCUUCAGAUUCCCAGUUUUCAUUAGAAUUAUUAUCAGGCAAUG